AUGGAAAUUUUCAACGCACAGAGCUGGUUUCAGGCUGCCCGUGAAGGAGAUGUAACUUUGCUUUCGGAUCACAUCAGCUCAUAUGCUAAUCUGCAAGAUGACGAGGGGAACACGGCUCUGAUGUACGCCGCAAGAGAAGGCAAGAUCCAGGCUGUUGACCUGCUCGCUUCCCUAGAAGCGGGGAAACUUAACAAUGCCGAUGAGUCGGCGAUUAUCCUGGCUAUUGCGCGGGAUUUCUACCCAGUAUGUGCGCGUUUGUUCGAGCUAGAGUCUAAGAUGAUCCUCCCCAACAACAAAACCCUUCUCAUGAUUUCUGCGGAGGCAGGAGCUGUGAAUUGCACACGCUUUUUAGCGCGAUACUAUGAUGCUGAAGCAGACAGCUCUGGGAGGACCGCAUUGGAGUAUGCAGCUGCACGCGGCUCAGCAGAAAUAAUUCAGAUUCUCUUGAAUAGAGACACGCGUCUGGGAACUAGAGAACUUGCGAGAGCCAUUGCGGUGACAAGACACGUAGGUCACACAGAUCUUGCAGAUCUUCUGCAGCUCCACCUUACACAACUGCAGGCCGUUGAAGGCACUUGUCAGAAGUGUGCACGGCUUCAAGCAUACAUCACUGCGCUAGAGGAAGAGAACAGAAGAAUGUCAGCGAGCAAUGCACAAUGUAUGCAAACAAUUGCAAAGAAGGACCACGAAAUAGAACAACUCAAAUCCACAGUCAACAAUUUACUACUGGACACAGACAUGCGAAAAAUCUUUGCUAUAGGGGACGAGGCCCAUGUAACCGAACGACAGGGUGUUCACCGCAAGCGCAGAAAAACACUGAACACAAAAUCUAUGAGGGCAGACCUUUUCAACAUUGCUGACGUUGAGAUAAAUGUUGCGGCAUUUCUAGACUACAUGGCCUACGUGACAAAAUUUUACAGAUUUUCAGAUCUUGCUACUACAGUUAAUUCGCUUAUGGGGAAAUCCCACCGAGAUCACUUACUAGAGAGAAACCCCGAGGAUGCAGUGCCUAAUCUGGAAAGUGAGAUAUCCAAAGAGAUCGUACGCACGCUUGCCAAGAUGCGGGGCUCAGCAUUCAACAUCUGCACUGGCAUGAAAAACCUGGUGUCUCUCAUUGAUAGUCAAGUGCAGCUGCAGGACCUGAUUUCCAGUGACAUACUGGAGCAGUCUCCUCUGAUAGAAGCAGUCAUCUCACAUGACUUGUCUAAGCUAAGAGAGAACCUCCAAUAUGUAGGUCUCCGUGAUUCCAAGGGAAGAACCGCGCUGAUGCACGCCAGUGUUUGCGGGACCCGGGACUCUAUACUUGUGCUUGCUCCGCUGGAGGCAGGACUCCGUGACUUAGAUGGAAAACUCGCCAUAGAUCACUGUCUGGAACACAAUCGCCUGGAUGAGGCCGCGAUUGUCCUUCCAUACGACAUGCCUGAGUACCGAGAACUACCAAUAGCGUCAUCAGAAUUCAACAAGACGCCUCUCAUGUGCGCAGCAGAGGCAGGAAGGCUUCUGGACUGCUUUUGCUACCUGCAGCUAGGGCUAGCACAGCAGCGAGAUUACCGACAGUAUACAGCGUUGAUGUUUGCCGUAGAGGCUGGUCAGGAAAGCACGGUGAGAAUGCUCCUUCGUCAGGAAUCAACUUUACGUGACUGCGAAGGACAAACGGCCCUGUACCACGCUGCCAGUCAUGGGCAUGCUAGCUGCGUCAAAUUGCUAGCCAGUGCAGAGGCCAGGGCCCAACGGCAUGAGACAAAAUGGACUGCGCUGAUGGUGGCUGCUUAUAAUGGUCAUGAGGAGUGUGUUCAGGAACUGCUAAGUUACGAAGCCGGAAUGCGUGAUGUUAAUUCCUGCACUGCCCUUAUGCUGGCAGCGCAGCGGGGUCACUUAAAUAGCGUGAAGGCACUUCUCAGUGUGGAGGCCCGGAAAACAACAACCAGCGCAUACUACCGAGGGGAGGGCUGCACUGCUUUAAUGAUGGCAGCAUUCUACGGACAUAAGGAGUGUGUGAAGGUGCUUCUACCCGCGGAGUACGACUGUGAGAAGCAGUGCAUAGACUCAGAGACAAAAAGUACAGCGCUGGACUACGCCUGUAUCCCGGACAAGGGCGUUUCUCAGGAGACCAAGGAAGAAAUCAUUAACAUCAUAGAAACAUUUCUUCACGCAGGAUCUGAAUUCAGCGGCGCCACUUCCGGAUCUUAG